AUGCAUAAACAAUAUAAAUCUGUGAGCCCAACUGAUGACAUCACAGUGAACACUGAGAAUGGACAUCUACCAAAGAAAAACCGAUAUGUGCGUAAAGAAGGACACUGUAACGUUGUGUUCCGCCAUGUUCCUGAGGAGUGGUUGCUCUUUGUGACUGACAUCUUCACCACUUUGGUGGAGAUCAGAUGGAGGGUGAUGUUCCUGAUCUUUGCCCUAUCCUACAUCCUGUCCUGGCUCUUCUUCGGGAUCCUCUACUGGGUCAUCGCUCUCGUUCAUGGUGACAUGAGAGACCCCACAAUUGACCCCUGCGUGUACGAGGUGCGUAGCUUCACUGCUGCUUUCCUUUUCUCUCUUGAAACUCAAACCACCAUUGGUUACGGUUUCAGGGGAAUGUCUGAGAACUGCAUGAUUGCCAUCAUCGUCGUCACCAUCCAAGACGUCGUCAGUUGCUUCAUCGACACCUUUGUGAUUGGAAUUGUUGUCGCCAAAAUGGCAUCUGCUAGAAAGAGGGCGCAGACUGUGGGCUUCAGUACCCGUGCCGUCAUCAACCUUCGUGAUGAUCACCUGUGUCUUUCCUGGAGAGUCGGUGACUUCCGCAGGCACCACCUGGUGGAGGGGACAGCUUGCGCUCAGUUAGUCCAUACCACCGUGCACACCACAGGGAAAAUGGACGUGACCUAUGAAGACCUGGCCAUCCAGCAGAAGGACAUCAUCCUGGUCACACCUACCACCGUCUGCCACAGGAUCGAGCCCAGCAGCCCUUUGUACAAGAUGAGUCUGGUAGAUCUGCGGAAAGCCAACUUUGAGCUGGUGGUUUCGUUCACGUACACAGAUGACUGCACAGGCAUGCUGCAUCAGACCCGUACGUCGUACACUCCACCUGAAAUCCUCUGGGGUCAGCUGUUCCAGGAGAUGAUCAGGGUCACCAAGAGGCACUACAGGGUGGACUACAUCCUGUUCAAUCAUACUGCAAAGGUCCUGGUGCCCGAGGUGAGCGCUGAGGACUACGACCACAAGAAGCAGCUGCGUCCCUCUCCUCGACAUUCCCCACGUCUUUCGCCCAGAUCUUCUCCACGGCCCUCACCGAGGUCACAUCGGAAAAACCAUGAAAAACUUCUGAAACCUCCAACGGUGAUGGUGGAAUUUGUUACCGACAGCCAACCUGAACCAACUGUUUCAACAUCUCAAGCUGACACACCUCAAAACACUUUGACUUUGCCAAAUGACCUCACGAGUAAAGAAAUGUAA